AUCUCAAUUAUAAACUUUGCAAGAGAAAUCAAAUCAAAAGCACAAAACCCAAAAAUGGCAAAGAACUUCAUCAACUCCAUCUACUUUUCUGCUCUCUUGAUGGUCCUCUUGUUGGUCUCAAAUGGAUUUUCAAAGGCAAAUGGUCAGGCCUUAUGUUUUGCGGCUGAAGGUAAUGAGGCUGCAUGUACUACUGCUGGGGUGAAUCUAUGUUGUGAUGGCAGUUGCAAGAAAAUCAAUCCAACCUACACUGGAAUAUGCGAAGGUUCAACAGAGGUUCACUGUCACUGCUACAAACCGUGUGUUUAAACCAUACACCAAAUCAAAUAUAUAACUGUAUUGUAUUUUUAUCUUUCAGUGUGAAGUGUGUGUGUGUUUUUGUUUUAUGUUUGUGUGUUUGCAAGAUUCUUCUAUCAUCAAUAAAAUUUGAAU